CCACUCAACAUUAACAUUCGUGUGCCUUACAAGAAAGAAACACACAAUUAACACUCCAUCUCACUAUGACAUAAUGUGGUUAAAUCUUCAAUCUGCAACAUCUUCUCCAAUAAAAUCUUUUAUUCUACUGAAUCUCUCAGAUUUUUAAUAACAAUCUUCUUUUGUUAUGGGAUCUGGAUGGUUGGUCCGUUCUCUCGUCUGUUUCAAAGCAACAAAACAUACAAAAUCAAACCAAGGCAACGUACAUUCUGAAACAUUAAACCGUGUCAAACCGGUCGAAUCAAGCUCAGCUUCCACUACUCUUACCAUAGAGAUCGCUGCUAUUCGCAUUCAAAAGGCUUUUAGAGCAUACAAGGCGAGGAAAAGACUUUGCAGCUUGAAGAGUGCAAGGAGAUUUAACGCAUUGAUCCAAGGCCAUACAGUGACGAACCAAACUUCGAUUGCACUCAACGUGAUGCAUUCUUGGUGCGAUAUACAGAGUCAGAUCAGAGAACGGCGUAUGUAUAUGGUGACACAAGGUAGGCUCCAGAACAAAAGGUUGGAGAAUCGGUUGAAGCUGGAGAUCAAGCUUCAUGAGAUAGAAGUUGAAUGGUGUGGAGGGUCUGACACAAUGGAGGAGAUUCUCGCGAGGAUACAACAGAAAGAAGAAGCUACAGUGAAGCGUGAACGAGCGAUGGCUUACGCUUUUUCACACCAGUGGAGAGCUAAUGCUACACAGUAUUUAGGUCAAGCUUCGUUUAACCUUGACAAAGAAAACUGGGGAUGGAGUUGGAAAGAACGGUGGAUAGCAGCUAGACCUUGGGAGAUUAGGGCUCAAUACCAAGUCACUAAACCGAUAAAACCAGCUAAAAAACCGGAGAAAUCAUCACCACCCAAUCUGAUCAUCAAAAAGAAAACAUCCACUAAACCGGGUUUGCCAAACAUCAAGGAAGCUGCAAAAUCCAGAAAACCCAUUUCCGGAUGAAUUUGAUUAUGAUUUUUGAAAAAAAAUUGUUUAUGUUUACGUUUAAGCAUUAUCUUGCUUGAUUUCUCAAUGGUUUGUUUUAUAUAAAUUGGUCGUUAUUUGUAAUUACACACACGCGCGCGCUCUUUUACAACAAUCCUGUUAAGGGUCACGGAAUCGUCUGAUAAAUGAAUCGGUUUGGGCUUUA